AUGAAGGGGGAUGAUUAUGAGACUAAAGAUUUAACCAAAGAAUGGAACAAUGAAUUUAAUAGGUACUAUGUAUGUUAGAGCCUAUAAACUGGCCUUCAUUUCUUUGACAAAAAACGUAAAUACAAAUUUUAUGGAAAAGUUAGACUGAGCUAGUACAUUUAUGGGAAAUAAAUUAACCUAAACAAGAAUUACAUUUUAUUUAAAAUGGCAGAUGAAUUAUGGGUUUAUAAUUUUCAAAAUCGAUCAUUAUUUGGUAAAUGCUAUAUUCCUAGAGAAGAAAAAGACAAAUAGCUUAAAAAAGUUGCUAAAUAUGGAUUAGAUACAAUUUUGCCAAACAUAUUUUACUUAUAGUUUAAAAAUUAGUAUUCAAUCACUACCUAUAGACUUGAUAUUGAUAACUUAUGUCGUCUAGAAAAGAUUGAGUAAUUCAAAAACUCAUUAAGACCUGAAUUAAGAGAUUCUAAAAUGAAUAAUGGACUGUUUGUCGAUUUAUUUGCAAAUAGAAAUUUCUGUUUAUCUGUCUCUAACUACCCUUAUAAAGAUGAUUUAUUGUCUAAAAAGUAAACCACCUUAUCUUACAAUGAGAAGCUUAUUUUGAAAACUAGUUAGAUAAAUUUUAUGAAGGAAAUUACUGUAUUUCACAGAAGGAUAUACAAAAGCUAGGAGAUUAGUUUCUAACCCUUGCUUUUAACAUUUACCCAAAAUACUAUUUAAUUAUCAUCAAUUAACUCUAAAGGUUAAUAUGUGAGAUAAGACUUGUUCAAAAACUAUUAUUAACUAAGCCUGUGUGAUAGCUACAAAAUCAUUUAAUCAGACAAAGGCAUUACAGUUUAUUUUGCCUUUUGCUAAUUCUACAAUAUUCAUAUAAAAGAAGUAAAAAUUCCAAGAAAACUAUUAUAUAAAUUUGUUUAAAGUCUUCAUGAGUGA